AUGACUGAGGCGCAGGCCAAGAAGCUGCCGAACCCCUUGCCUGGGCAUGGCCAUUCACGUGGCCAUGGCAUUGGCAAGCCCGCGGGCAGAGCGACCUAUGUGAAUUGGCCACAGGUGAAGAUUCCCUUUGGAGCUGACUGGCAUACAGAGGUGGCAUCCUUCUUGGCCUCCAAAAACUUACACCUCAGGGAUGAAGGUCAGCAAUUCUACAUGGAAGACUCAGAUGGAAAGCGCUUCAAGGCCACAAGCAAACACUGCCAGGAUAAGACGCGCUUCCCGUUGGUCGUCUACUUCCGUGCAAGACCAGCAUGGAAGGACCCCAACCACCUGGUGGCAUUGAAGACCGGACAGACGCGAAGAGCUUCCCGAGGUUUUCUAGGCUUGAAGCCCAUGUUGGAGGCCACCUGGACGCUGAUGCAAAACCAGCCUCCUCGCUGUGCUUUUCUGGCACGGAACGUCCGAGAGCGGGGCUUCUUCGUGGAUCAGUUGCUGGAUUUGAUCCAGAGGUCUCUCACUUGUCGGUGUUACUAUGCUCCAGGUGUCCAGACCGAGGAAGAAUCUGAGGCGAUGUCACACUCGUCUCGUGAAUCUGACAGAGAGCACCAUUGGGUGGGCUACCGCUGCGAGGUCCCUCGCUGUUCGCACUGCGAGGGCUCCUGCGACUGUGAGUGGAAAGAUCCCUUGCGGCGCCUUAUCGAAGAGCGAGCAGACGUGAAUGGACCGAACUGGCAGGGCCAAACCCCGUUGCUGCUGGCGGCCAAGCAUGGCCAUGUGCGAAUUGCCACGUUCCUCUUGAACAUGAAAGGAGAUCCUUUGGCAAGCGCGGACCCGGAGGGUUGGACUCCCCUCCAUGAGGCGGCACGGUUGAACCGCGCUGGCACUUGUGAAGUUCUUUUGGAGCACGACCGCAAUGUGGCAAGUCCUGUGCAGCUGGACGCACGCUGCCGGCGGGCCCAACCGUACUUCUGUCGGAGCACGCCUGCCAUCAUCGCCGCGGACGAGGGAAGCCUGGAAUCCUUGAAGGUGCUGGUGCAGUUUGGUGCCAACAUUGAUGCACGCCGUGAGGAUGGCAACAACCUCAUCAUGCUCGCGGCCGCCAAGGGCCAUUAUGAGGUGUGCCGCUUCCUCCUGCAGUGCGGCUGCUUGGUUUGUGGCCGCUUGACUGGCUCCAUGCUGAAGGCUGCUGUGGAUGCUGGCAGGCCAAAUAAAGGCUGCCGUGGGAAGUGUCCAGACAAGACGCACAUGUCCUUGCGAAACAAGCAAGGCAAGACGAUCGCGAUGCUGGCGCGCCAUGAGUUGCGGCAGCAGAUCUCCUACAUGGAAACCUCAAGGGCGUCACACAUGGAGACCUCCCGGCUUUUGGAGUCGAGGGGCAUCCAGUGA